AACUAUUUCACUGCAUUUGCUGCCUUAGCUUCAAAGCUUCUGGUUUCUCGCUAUUAAUUAAUCUCACUCCUAUUGAAGCGCGUGUUUUCCAUAUCCCAUUCUUCAACAAAUCGAAGCCUUUUCUUUGUAUCCCUCUCAACUUCGAUCCAAUUUCUCAAAUUUUAUUGCGAUUAACAAUCUCCAGAUCUCCGAUCAAUGGCGAAAGAGUUCAACGUCCCGCCGGUGGUUUUUCCGUCGGGCGGAAACCCCGGUCCACAACAACGUCGACUUCCAACGGCGCCGUUUCAGCCGCCGAAAUCAUCAAACCCUAGCAUACCUUUCAUGUCCUUCGAUGUAGGAUCUGCAGCUGCUUCCACUUCAUUUUCCACUCCUCAAUUCGCCUCCACCACAAUCGGCGGCGGUUCAACGGGUUUCGAAGACGAGCCGCCGUUACUCGAAGAGCUAGGAAUUAACACAAAACAAAUUUACCAAAAAACCCUCAGUAUUCUCAAUCCCUUCCGCGUCAAAUCAGAUCUUCACGAAGACGCUGAUCUGUCCGGGCCUUUUAUAUUUCUCAUGGCAUUUGGGCUUUUUCAAUUACUUGCAGGAAAGCUUCAUUUUGGAAUUAUAUUAGGCUGGGUUAUAAUGGCUUCGUUGUUUCUUUACGUAGUGUUCAAUAUGCUCGCGGGCCGAAAUGGGAAUUUGGAUUUAUACAGGUGUGUUAGCCUGAUCGGUUACUGUAUGUUGCCUAUUGUGAUUUUGUCCGCGAUCUCGUUGUUUUUGCCUGGUGGAUUGGUGAUUAAAGUGGUGACUGGAGUUUUCGUGAUAUGGUCCACCCGGGUUUGCACUAGGCUCGUGGUUGAACUGGCAUCUUGUGGGGAUGAACAUCGUGGCCUGAUCGCGUAUGCCUGUUUCUUAAUUUACAUGCUCUUCUCUUUGCUAGUGAUAUUUUGAACUAGAUUAAUGUGUUUGGUAUAUUGCUAUUUAUGGCUCAGUCCAUUUUUAGUUUGUUAGUUCUAUUCUACAAAGUUGAACAUAGAGAACUGAAUUAUGUUAGUUUUAAAUUAAAUGCACGAUUUGUUAUAGUGGGAGGAGAUUUUGUGGUUUAGUUUCUUCCUAUGCUUUGGCAGGUUUUAAAUUUCUUGAGAUUCUAAAUGUUAAAUGAAGAUGUACUUUCGUUUUCUGGCUUCA